AUUAUAAUGUUUCCGAGUGGCAACAUCAACGUUGUUUGGAGUAUGAUAAAUAGGAAUUACUGCUACUAGUAUUGCUUACAUAUUACAUUUACCUUUAAAACUAGUAUUUCAAUGUGUAUUGUUAGCAUUGUCCUGUGACGACUAUUGACGAAGUCCUGGAAAAAUUGUAUCAGACAUGGCUAGCAGCAGCAGCAGCAGUGUGGACAUGGACCCUGAUGUUGCUCGGAGGCUGUUUGAGGAGGGAGCUACCCUGGUGUUGCUCGGCGUUCCUCAGGGUACGGAGAUUGGCAUUGACUGCAAGAGUUGGCAGGUUGGUCCCCGCUUCCGGGGAGUUAAGAUGAUCCCUCCAGGGCUGCACUUCCUCAACUAUUGCUCUGUCAAUCGCCCGAACUGUGGAGGAGAAGUUGGUCCAAAGACAGGCGUGUUCCUCUCUCUCAAAGCUAGAGACGUCCUGCUGGCUAACUGGGACCCAAAAGAAGAGGAUCUGGACUUCUCUGCCUCCCAGAACGAGGAGGAACUGAGCCGAAUCAGAGCAAAUCUCCAAGAUCUAGACCCAUACCUUGGACCCUAUCCUUAUGAGGUCAUGAGGAAGUGGGUGUCCCUCACAGACCGUCUGAGUGAUGAAGUGGCCAUCAGCUUGCAGCCCCUCUCAGGUCGAGUGUGUGCCUACAGCGAUGUUGUUCCUGAGACUCAAUAUAGACACACCAAGGACCGUGCUGACCAGCCAAGGAAUGACACAGCCUGCCAGACCAUGAGGGAGGGUCUCGACAGGCUCCCCAAGAUGAAGGAGAGGGAGGGGACUCAGCUGCGCUUCUCUGUCAUCCCAGAGAAGACUUACCCUCCUGGGGCCACGCCAGCCCAGAUCACCCAGUGCAGCAUGGACCUCACUUAUGCCCUGGAGACUGUGCUUGAGAAGAACCACCAGCAGAAGCCUCUGAACCUGCUCGGUGAGCUACAAUUUGCCUUUGUGUGCUUCCUUAUUGGAAAUGUGUAUGAGGGCUUUGAGCACUGGAAGCGUCUUCUGACCUUGCUGUGUCGAUCGGAGGUGGCCAUGCAGAAGCACAAGGAGCUCUACCUGGGGCUCAUUGCUGUGCUCUACCACCAGCUGGGAGAAAUCCCCCCAGACUUCUUUGUUGACAUCGUGUCUCAGAACAACUUCCUUACCACCACACUGCAGGACUUUUUCCAGUUCGCCAGCGGGCCUGGAGUUGAUGCCGCGCUCCGCAAGAGAGCGGAGAAAUUCAAAGCCCAUCUGACCAAGAAGUUUUCCUGGGAUUUCGAUGUGGACUUGGAUGACUGUGCGCCUGUAGUGGUGGAGCUCCCUGAGGGUGUUACUGUGGACUGACUUCACACUUAUUGAUAAGGAUCAGGACUGAUAAAGAUCACCCAAUUUGGCAUUAAACACUAGAUGUUGGCCCUCACUAAGAUGGUACAGCACAUGUCUAAGUAGCACUCUCUGAGUAAACCUGUGAUCAACAGUGUCUUGUUCUGUUGCUUAGCUGUACACAUCAACUAUGCCCCCUGGUGGUGGGUUGUAGUAAACCUGUUAGCCAAGUUUUUAGGCUGGUAAUGGUUUUAAUUUUAUUUUGAACAUGCAUAGAGAGGUUACAUUGGAAUACCUCACAUAUUACAAUUAACAAUCCCACAUGUCCAAAAAGGAGUAGGACGAAGCAAAUCUUAUUUAAUCCUACCCUUUUUUCCGUUUCACAUCAAUUGCCAAUACAUUUACAACGUGUACUGUUUACCAAUUUUAAAAUAAAAAGACAAUUGAAAUAACAUAACAAAAUAAGGCAAUAUAACAGUGUGUUACAAUAGGAGUUAAGAGUUGCAAUGUAUUGAUAAAUUAUGUAACAUUUAUAAUAAAUAAUGAGAAAUGUAUAAUAAUUAGUACUGAAAAGUUAAUAGUUGACAGAAACAUAGUUGGGUUGCACUGCACACAGUGCAUUGUCUUUAACUCUACCAAGGAGGAUGUUUUCAUUAAAAUGGUAUUCUAAAUCUUUUAGAAUGUAAUAAACUAGCGCUGUUACAGUGAAUUAAUUUGACAAAAUUAGCUGACUAAAUGUGCUACAGUAAGCAAAGACGUCGGCAUUGGUGAUGUCUUUGUCUUUAAAAACUGGUGUCCUGUACUUCAUCAUGUCAUUUGAAGAACCUGCAACGUGUCAUUACGGCAUCGGCCACCAGAUGGCGGUCAUACGCUUUAAAGAUUAGGCGUUGGGUUCUGGAGUACUUAACUUUAUUUGUGGAGAACCUUUCAAAGCAAAAAUAGCCAUACAAGAUGUGAUACACCAGGGUAACUGGACAACUCAAAAUAGGACACAACACAAGCAGCAAUACAAUACAACAAGAUCCAAAAAAUGUUUCAGUGAAUAAAAUCAUUAUAUGGUGGGUCAAAGGCCAAACAGGAAAAACGCGUUUUAAGACGGAAUAUAUGUUAUGGCGAUCAUUCUCAUUUGAAUGGAAUGAGACUGUUUUGUCAAUGCUGUGCAGCCUGAUUUGGCUUUUAGGUUUUGAUGGUCCUUCAGUGCCUGGAUACAUGUAAUUUUGUUUAGGCAUAUCACUGCAUCUGUCCAUUCAAUAGUCGUGUCAUCCGCACUCCCCACAAGAUUUUUGGUUGGUUCUACUGUAUUUAUUUGCUUCAAUCCCAUUAACUUUUCCCUUUAUUUUAUGUGAAAGUACACCCAUAAUGUAAUUAUCUGAAUGGAAAUAAUCAAUGUUGAUGGACAAAUUGCAUCCACUAGGACACAUAAUAAUGGAUAUUGGGUUAUAAUACUAGCCUCUUGCAGAUCAGUUUAAUAAUUGUGGUCCAGUAUCCGACCACAGAUUCCUCGUGUGAGUUAUUUUCCAGGAUGCAACUAUGGAGCAAGUGGUUUGGAUAACAUGGUAGAACACAUAGUAAACAUUAGUGCACUUUUUUUCCUGUCUGAGGUUGAAAUCGGAUGAAUACGGUCUCCAGAAUGACCCCACCGGGACGCAUUUGGUGUUCCAGCCCCUUCUUUAGUGAUGGAAUUACAGUACAGUAUACAGCAAGAUGACUCAAUUGUGCCACGUACUGUAUAACCCUCUACUGAAGGACCCUGCUAUACUGUACAUGUAUUUCGGCUUUUGUUUUGUUUGUGGCGUUCACCUGACUGGGAACUGUUCUAUUUGUCCGCCAUGAUGGAACUUUCCAUUUGAUGUCAGCUGGCCACAAGGUGCACACAGGGACGGACUUACCAUUAGGCAAAGACAUGCAAUUGCGCAGGGCCCUGAGAUUUCCUGGGGCCCCCAAACAUCUCCUAAAAACGGAUGAUUGAUUUUUUUCCCCAUUUUGAUUUAAAGUACAUAUUACUGUUUUAGUCUUAUUUCACGUGCUUAAAACUACAUAAAAAUGCGUAAUCUAUCUUGAUUGUUUGGACCCCUCACUUAUCCUGCAAUGGACUAUUCCAUGUUACUGAACAUUGAUUACCGAAGACGGGAAAAAAAAGUUUUUAUCAAAACUACCGAAGGUGACAACCUUUUUCACAGUCAAAACAAACGUAGACACACGAGGUCAGUGUCA